GCUCUGGAAUCCAUGGUAUACCUGCACCGGAACGCAACACUUAGUAUAUUUUUUGUUCACAGUUUAGAGACAACCGUGUAACGAUGGAUAAUAAUUUAACGUCUAACUACACCAAAGGUAAGGACGUUGAUUGGAUAAAAGAACACUUCAGAAAGACACAACUUGUUCCUUUCUGCAUUGUAAUGGUUGUUGGUAUUUUAGCAAACACAACAGUCAUUGUGAAUGGUAUCCAAAGACGACGAACAAUCAGACAUUACAGUAAUUAUUUCGUGUUGAGCACAGCUUUUGCUGAUUUAGGAGUGGUCGUUAUUCAAGUCCCUCUCGCAAUUUUUGAAUAUACGUUGGGAUUCUCAAAUAUAAGUCAGUUCACAUGCAAGUAUGUCAUACAAACACGUGAAACGUUUCAAGGAGCAGGCAUUUUCAGCGUCUCUUUCUUGGCCUUCAUACGUGCACGGCAAUUGAUGAGUUACCCAUGUCAACAAGUUUCGAGGCGUACUUGUAGAAUUUUGAUAACGGGAAUAUGGCUGUUGAGCUAUUUAUUAUGCACUUUGCCUUUGUAUUUUAUUUACAAGGUUUAUCCCGAUGGUUAUUGUGAUCCAGACUGGGGUGGCGAAACUGUUCGGAGAGUAUACCUUACUCUCAUUUAUUGUAUGAUGCUUUCACCCAUGAUCAUGGCCACUAUAUCCUACUCAUAUGUCAUUUGUAAGGUUAGGAACACGCGUAGCUCAAUUCCAAAUGAAAACUUGAGAAGAAAAAAUCGAAAUGUCACAGCGUUACUCAUCUCUUUGAUUUUAUCAUGUUGGAUAAGCUAUGUUCCAAUAGCUCUUCUUUUUAUGCUUGAAAUUUACACCGAUGUAGAUUUUUAUGGUCCUUAUGGAUGGUCAAUAACAGGUAUAUUUUAUGUCAGUGGAUCUGCACUCAACCCUGUUCUUGUCUUGGUAACCAUGCCUCGUGACUACCGCUAUUGCUUGAAAUGUAAAGUAAAUAAUGUGAGACCUGUUGGUGCACUACAGGACCCGCCGAAACAUCGUAUAGAUAACGUAGUUAUGGAGUAUAAUAGCCCGCAGUCAGGUGUGCAGUCACCCUGCACACUUCACCAAUUCAAGUGGUAA